CAAGAAAGAUGGAAAGCGUGGACAGGCCUCCAUUCGGAGAGGGCGAGAAAUUCUCAUCGUCUUCUUCUUCCUCUCUCUGCGCUUCAUAUUCUUCUGCCUCUCUUUCUCUCUCUCGCUGCGGUCUCCAUGGCUAAACGAUGGAUAAGGCCCGAGGUGUAUCCUCUCUUUGCUGCGGUGGGUACGGCUGUCGGCAUCUGCGGAAUGCAAUUGAUUCGCAACAUCUGUAUCAAUCCUGAAGUCAGGGUUAGCAAGGAAAACAGAGCUGCAGGAAUUCUUGAAAACUUUGCUGAAGGGGAAAGAUAUGCUGAACAUAGCCUCAGGAAGUUUGUUCGCAACAGACCUCCAGAAAUCAUGCCAUCAAUAAACAGCUUCUUCACAGAUCCUAAAGGAAACUAAAGUUAAAGCUUCAUGUGGAUAAAGAUUUUGUUUUUCCUGCUUAAAAUCUGCCUUCUAACUAUUAGCUAGACAUGCGUUUGUGUUUGGAGAAGAGUAUGUGGAUCCAAAGAUUUUCUGUUCUCAUUGUCAUCCUUCACUCCAAUGCCCAGAAGAGUCGUAUUUAACUAUGGGAUGCUAUAUAGCUCAUUACAGUACUUCGUUCUAAUAUCUUUUGAAUAAAAUUGGCUUUAUUGCCAGCAUAAUUUUAUUUUCUGUUAAA